UUCAUGAGGAAGUUUCGUCGUUCUCGUAACUUGAGUUCAGUGAGUGGAACAAUUUAAUGAAUUAAUGAAUGUGAUAACUCCACAUUAUAAGUUAUUGAAUCAAUAAAUAUACAUUUCGUUAAAAGUGUGCAGUAUUAACAGUUAGAAGAUCGAAGAACUAUUGGAUUUUGUCAAGGAAAAAUAUAGAAAUAAGAAUAAAAAUCGGGCAAAAUGUGUCCGAUUUGGCCGUUGCACCUGAUCAUCAUAUACCUGCUGGCGCUAUGUCCGCUGUGGGUGAUUUGCCAGGCGGUGCCCGACCUGACCGCGACCUUCAUCCCUGAUGAGGUCACCAUCAACAUGAACGAGUACACUUAUGUCAAUGUUUCUGUUAGCGGUACCGGUAUGCAGGCAGGAGAUCAAUUCACGUUGUCAACGUCGGACCCACAUUUAGCUGAAGCGGAAUGGAAUUCUACAUAUCAGUUGACGGAAACCGAUGUCGUUAACAGUAGAUUUGAAGGCAAUAUGAGAGUUUCGGCGAAAUUUUUAGGUAGAACAAAUGUGAUGUUAAGCGGCCGACGCAAUAAUCAACCGCUUGAAGUUAAAAACAACACUAUGCCGGUGAUCGUGAUCCGACCAGAGAGGGUCAUAGACACUAUAUUCGUCACGUCUGUAGCUACUUUUGUAUCAUUAAUCUUCAUAAACUUCGGUUGCGCGAUGCACUGGCCCACGGUGAAAGAAGUGCUCAAGAGGCCUAUAGGGCCCGUCAUAGGAAUGUGUGGGCAGUUUCUUUUUAUGCCACUUAUGUCAUUCGGUCUAGGGUUCCUGAUUUUCCCCAACGACCCGGCCAUGCGGCUGGGUAUGUUCUUCACAGGAGUGGCGCCCGGCGGUGGUGCGUCCAACAUAUGGACCUUCAUUCUUGGUGGAAACCUUAAUCUGUCGUUAGCCAUGACCUCGAUAUCUACACUCGCUUGUUUCGGUUUUAUGCCAAUGUGGUUGUUCUCGCUCGGUCAAGUGGUGUUCCGUAACGCUCAAAUAGUGGUUCCGUACACGCGUAUAGCGACCUUCGUGGUAGGUUUACUGGUCCCACUGGGUAUAGGGCUGGGCAUGCAGCGCUGGACGCCUAAGAUCGCCGCCUUCAUGGUGCGCAUCCUCAAAGGGUUUUCGACAACCCUACUGCUGUUCAUCAUCGUAUUCGCCAUCGUCACCAACUUGUAUAUCUUCGAGUUGUUCACUUGGCAGAUAAUAGUAGCGGGCAUGGGUAUCCCAUGGCUGGGUUACUGCGCGGGCUACGUGGCGGCCCGGCUGUGUCGCCAGCCGCACCCGGACGCGCUCGCCAUCUCCAUAGAGACCGGCAUCCAGAACACCGGCAUCGCCAUCUUCUUGCUCAGAUACGCUCUUGGACAGCCUGAAGCGGAUCUUACUACAGUGGUGCCCGUGUCAUGUGCGAUCAUGACCCCGAUCCCCAUGACAUGCAUCUACAUCUACCAGAAAGUCAAAGCUUGCUUUGUCAACCGAGGAAAGCACAAGAAAAUGCUGGAAGAAGACCUCACACCUCGAGGAGACUCGCCACAGCCCACAAUCCUCACAACCGCUGAUCUAUACGGACGGGCCAAUAAAGGUCUAGAGGAUAUAGAGGGCAACACCCCCAAGGAUGACGUCACUGACGUCAAAACUGACGGCAACAUCAACACCGUCUCCGCUACCGUCAACUAACAUGUAUAACAAGAUUUAUAAACUAUUUAAUGAGUGAUAUUAUUUAUUAUUACAUUCAUAUUAUUGGGAACACGUCUCAAAGUAAUGCGUUAAAACAUUGUGUUCUAAAAUUGAAACAUUAACUAGUAUUACCAGAUACAAUAAUUUUUAUGACAUAUCUUGUCAGUGUUACAUGUUAAAAAAUUAAACAUAAAUGUCUAAUCUUGAUAUACGUGGUAUUUGAUAGCGGAAUAUUUUUCUGAAACCUUUAAACUGUAUCUUUAAUGUCAAUUUAUUUUUUACGGGUGCUAUUACAUCCACUUUGUGAAAAUUUUCUGAACGCAUGCAUUAUUAUGCAUUUUUUGGAGGACUUGUUAUUUUAUUUAAUUAUUUAUUGCUGUGCGGGCCUUCAUAUGUUUUGGCGCCGCACAUUUCUUAACACAGAUGGCGCAUAUUCCUACUUGCCGUAGUAAAAUCGAAGAUUAUAUUGUAAUAUUUUUCGAUACAUUUUCAAGUAAGUUAGGAAUAUGUGAUCAUCUAGACUUUUGUCACGCAAUUGAAUGGAUUUCACCUAUAGAAUUGUAUGUCACUAGAACAAAUUUUAUUAUUAUUAUUUUCUAUGAAUUCUGUACAAUAAUGGCACCUAAAUGGUUAGGGGUACAAUGCUUGAUUAUUUCGCAUACGUUUUCAUGUUGCCAGAAUUUUAUUGCUACACUGAAAUAAUUUAUAAUUAAAAAUAAUACACAAAUAGUUUUGUAUACACAUUUUGGUAGAAAAUAAAGUAAAAAUCUCAGUAGUCUGGCAACAUUGUGUGGUAGAAAUAGAUAUUGCUUUCCUUUUUCAGAUUUUGCUUUUAUUUUUCAACAUUUAUUUUGUUUUAUUUUGAUUUUUUUUGUAAUUAUUUGUAUUGAAUACGAUCUCGGUUCGUAUGUCAGUGACUUUGCAACUCGUUUAUAGGUGAAACAGUGUGAAGUAAGGCUAACGUUGGUUCAAAAUGUUUGGUAUGAGAUCAGUAUUGUUGUCUUGUGAGAUCAUUAUGUUAAGAAUCUAAUACAAACGUUUUUCAUGAACA